CACACAGGCGGCACUCUUCAAUUGUCGCUGAGACAGGCAAUGUACCGGGCGUACAAGACAGCGAUCAGAAUGGCUUCUAAAACUGCUUCUAAAAAUCUGAAGAUUGUGGUGUUUGUUGGGUCAGCCAGAGAUGGAAGGCUUGGAGAAAGAGUGAAGAAUUUUAUGAUGAAUCGUCUGAAAGCGAGAAAUUAUGAGAUCAAUGUUAUCGAUGCUGCGGAUAAUGAAUUCACUAUGCUGAAUAGGCCAGUGUUCUUCUAUGGAAAUGAUAGAGAGGGAGCUCCAAAAUUCCUGGUGGAGAAGGAGAAGUUUGUCAAAGAAGCAGAUGCGUAUGUGAUUAUCUCCCCUGAGUAUAACCACUGUAUACCACCUGGUCUGACUAACAUGAUUGAUCACUUCGGGGGCAGUUGCUUCUCCAUGAAGCCUAGCGGCCUUGUCACAUACUCUGCAGGACAGUAUGGAGGAAUGCGAGCAGCCAUGCAGCUUCGUGCACUGACAGGAGAGUUGGGGUGUCUCAGUGUAUCUAACAUAUUUGGAAUACCCUCUGCCCAGAAGUCCCUGGAUACAGAAGGAAACCCCCUCAACGAACAUAUGGAGUCUGGUGCUAAAAAGUUGCUUGACCAACUGGACUGGAUGGCCUGGGCUAUGAAAAACCACAGAGCUGUUCAACCUGCAUUUGAGAUACCAAAAUAAAUUCUGAUGAUCUAAACAAAAAAUGCAUGACAUUUUCUGUUUGGUUGAAGUAAGAAAAUAGAGUAAUGUAGAAUUUUUUGGCUCCCUUUUUUAGUUAACUUCAAACAUUUUAAUUUUUGUAUUCUGUUUUUUGAAGGACAUGUAUGAAUGAAGUGGUUGCAAUGUACUGUAUUUUUGUCUAUAAACAGCCAAAUGACUAAUUACUGUAAGGCUAAAGUGUGAGCCAUACUGAGUUUGUCAUGUACAUUAUAUAUGCAUAUUAGUUUAUGUCACAAAGCAAUAUAGGGGCCUACAUAUAUUCAAAACUUGAGACAUAAAGAAAUGUUUUUGUUUAAAAACUGACAUUUUAUUGAAGAACAGACAAAUUGUUUUCUUACUAUCAUUGAUAUACUGAUUAAGUGGGGAAAUCCCCAAAGAACCAACGUUCAUUCAGUGUAGUUAAGGAAAAAAAAUUGUCGUCUAGGUAUUGAUAUACUGGGUUGAUUUACACCUUUCAAAAAAUAUAGAAAUUGACUUAAUAGCAAAACUUUCAAUAUCCAUUGAAUAGUUGAAAUUUACCACAUAACUGACCUCCUCAACCUAAUAAUAUUUUGACAUCGCAAUGAGUGACAUAAUUGUCUCUGCAGAGAAAAACAUACCAUCAAAAUCAAAAUUUAUUUAUCAAACAGGACCUUAUUUGGCUUGAUGAUACCCUACUUUACCAUAACAUUUAUUUAUUCUGUCUUAAUAUUCAUAGUAUUUUCAUAAUGGAGGCAAGGUGGUGCAGUGGUAGGAUACAGGGCUCCACGACGAAUGGGUCGCUAGUUCGAGUCCUGACACGAGCGCUGUGUUGUAUCCUUGAACAAGAUACUUUACUCCGCUGUGUUCCAGUCAACUCAGCUGUAAAUGAGUACGUGGUAGGGUGGUGAAAGCUGUUAGCACUGAGGGAGAAAGACAGUGACUGGUUACAAAAAGUCCCGAUAGGCAUGGAUAAUAAUUUGUGAACUGCUUUGAGAUGACACUGUUGCUGUGAUAUAUAGCGGUAUAUAAAUCUAAAGUUAUUAUAAUUGUUAUAAUUAGUAUUUUGUGUAGUGCUUUUAUGAAUUUACUUGUAGUUUGUUGAAUACAUACAUAUUUAAUUUUGUUAUACAAUUACUGUAGUUUUUGAUUAAUAUUUUAUAUCUUUCCAAUGUUUUACCAGUUUAAGGAACAAAAACAUGACCUCAUAUAUCUACAAACUUGAUUUAUACUUCUGAUAUUAUUUGUUAAUUUCAUCAAUGUGAAUGUGGAAAAGAAGCUUAUUUAAACACAGUUAAUUGUGCCAUUUUUGUCUGCAUAGAUUUACACCUUUAGUUAAAUUUGGAGUUUUUCCAUCCUCAUGCAAGAGAAUUACAUUUUUGAUGAUGAAUUUUGGUAUUAUAUAAAUCAUACUGAGAGAAUAUACUAAUCUGGAGGUGUUUUAUGUAAAAUAUAGUUUUGAUCACAAGGACUUGGUAUAAAUUCUCAUCAUGACAGACCGUAUCACAUGUGUAUUAUCACUAAAAGAUACCUAUAAAUUACUGUAUAAUUAUAUACAUGUACAUGGACUAAGGGUGGGGCCAAAUCCCUGAGGGUUUGUUACUUAAGCAAAUUCUAGGAUACAAAUUCCAUGCAAUAUCAUUUAGUAGCAGUUCUAAUUCUCUUAUUAAUAAAUUAACAAAGAGAAAAUCUGCAGAAAGUUUUUUGUGUGUAUGGGGUAUCCAUUGGUAUAUGUUGAUCAUCCUCGAUACUCCAGUGGAUAGAACACUCACGCUCUCUAGCUACACAGCGAAAGAGAUCGCAACCCCAGGAGUACAGAGGAUGCUGCGGUGUUGGUGUGGUUCACGACUAAGUGCCUUUUUUUUCUUUGAUUCCAAUAAUACCCUGUCCUUGUUGAUGAAAUUUUUGGUAUAUGUACAUACAAAAUCUAUCAAAAUAUAUGCAUGAAAUAUUAUAAUAUAUUUGUAGAAAUGUUGCUGAAGAGUUUUACACCCUAGAUCUGAAUAUUCAUACUGUAUAUGCAUAUGUCAUCACUACUCAUUAGUACACGAUUAGUUUUAUGAACUUUGUAGUAGUGGCUGCUGUGAAUGUUGUCGUUGAUACACCAUUACUGUAAUUUAUAAAUAUAUGUAAUAGCAUUGGGUAGCAAUUAUACGAUACAGCAAUAGUUUAUCACCUGAUAUGGGUGAGUUUAUUACCAGAUAUAGGUGAGUUUAUCACCAGGCAUGAUUUAGUUUAUUACCAGGCAUGGGUGAGUUUAUUACCAGAUAUGGGUGAGUUUAUUACCAGGCAUGGGUGAGUUUAUCACCAGAUAUGGGUGAGUUUAUUACCAGACAUGGGUGAGUUUAUUACCAGACAUGGGUGAGUUUAUCACCAGAUAUAGGUGAGUUUAUUACCAGGCAUGGGUGAGUUUAUCACCAGAUAUGGGCGAGUUUUUCAGCAGGCAUGGGCUAAUUGCCAGAUAAAUAUCCUGGUUACACCAUUAUAUAUAAAUUGUACCAUAUAUGUGGAACAUGUGUGAAAUGUGUGCAAUUCACAUCCAUGUAUGAGAUAUACAUAUUGCGAUCCAGGUAUUCAUAUCAUCUGGAGCCGAGUGGUUAAGGUGUCCCGACACUUUAACACUAGCCCUCCAACUCUGGGUUUUUAGUUCGAAACCUACGUGGGGCAGUUGCCAGGUACUGACCGUAGGCCGGUGGUUUUUCUCCAGGUACUCCGGUUUUCCUCCACCUCCAAAACCUGGCACGUCCUUAAAUAACCCUGGCUGUUAACAGGACGUUGAACAAAAACAAACCAAACCAAAUCAUCUGAUAGACGACUAUGAUCAUGUCUGGGUAUCAGGCCAACCAUCACUUUGCCCAGAGACCUUAUAUUUAACUAUUAUACAUAAAAAGUCUCUGCUGUGCCAUUGAAACAUUCUUUUCAAGAACAUGGAGGUGAUGCGCAGGUAUUUCUGGCUAGGCAAUUAGAAGCUGUUUGAGGCUGGAUCAGGGCACGAGUCAUAAAAUGAUCUUCCUUCGUCAUUUUGUGUUAAUAUGUUACAUAUCAUAUCAUGAGCACAAUGUAAGAUAUAUAUGCACUGGGUGUAUCAUUGGUCCUAAAGUUAAAGAAUAUAAUUAUUAUCAUUAUACAUUAUAGGUGAGUAUAGAUGUUUUAGUUUGUAGUAUAUACAAUACAUUUACUUUACCUGGUAUACAUGCAUAUUUGCCUUUGUAUAUUUGAGGGAGAUUAAAAAUUUUAACCUAAUUUUUGACAUGAAUUUUUCUCCAUUUAUAUUUUUCAUAUUAAAAAAAAAAAAAAAUCUACAAGAAAAAGCAACAAUUUCAAACAUGCUGCUUUCUGGUUCUAGUUUGUCAAAAUGAGAUCUAUAAAUAUGUCUUUCUGCAACUUGCAAUGUUUUACCUGUACAAACCCCCCCCCCCCCCCCCCCCCCCCCCAUGCAAAAUAAAUGUAUACCUGGUAAUGAUUUGCCAUAAACGAAUGCUUUUUAACUUGCCAACACAAAGUUAUUUCCAGUUUUAUUUAACAAUGUAUGCAUUUUCUUAACAUUAUGAAAUUGCUUUUGGAACACAAUUCCAGAUCUACUGACCCAGUAGAUUUACAUAUAGCCUCGAUAUAGCCUCGAUAGGUACAGAAUGUCCAUAUUUACACUAGGGUAUAAACCCCAUUCCUUUGGGUUGAACACCUAACCACAUCCUCAAAGGGUGGAAUGAUUCUGUCUAUUUCAAAUUGAUACUUUACUCAUAAUGAUUGCGUUUAUGUUUAUAUAUAAGAUAUAUUAUGUGAUGGUAUUAUAUGACUGGAUAAACAGGGUAGGAAAAAAAUAUCAGAUCUCCAUCCUCUCCCCCACCCAGGGGGUGAGAGAUUUUAUCAAACACUUAUUUUAUUUUGUACAAUUUUAGGGACUUGGCAUGAAUUUCCAACCCCACAGUUCACACACCUUUAUUUGUAUUAUAUAAAAUAAUUAUAUAUAUGCCUCUGGGUUGGAAAUUUAUACCAAAUUCCUUUGGUGUUAUCAUGAUGCUCGAAUCCACUCAGCAUAUUCAGUAUGUUAUCAUAAUGAUAAAGCCUGCCAAUGCAUCCUGUCAGUGACAAUCUUACCAUCAUUAACUGACAUUAACUCAUAGAAGUAAGAACAUAUACAUGUACAAACUUCCAGGCCUUGCUCAUGUUAAAAAAAACCCUAAGCUGUACAAUAUAGUCUCCCAUACUUUCUGUCCUCAAAUAUGAAUUUUAACUAUAGUCCUCCUCCAUGAACCUAGGGGAAUGUAUGUCAUUUUUCACUGUGUUCAACCUUCCGCCAUUUAUCUUGUCUGGAUUCUGCAUCCGUCCCUAAAAGCCCAUCCUCACCUUUUUUCUGGGAAGAUAAUGGGUACACUUAAAUCCAUAAAAUCUGGCUUACUUCACAUCAUUAAUAUACUCUGAUAAUUUAACUCUU